AUGGACACGUCCGGUGACCGAGCAUUGGAGGACCUGCUCGAAGUGGCAGAUCCAUGGGCAACCAGCCUACGGGAGAGACUGAAGCUUCUGAGGCAUUGGUUGGAGGAGCUCAAGGCGACUGCCAAUGCUGCUAUCGAAGCAGAGGUGGCGGAGAGUCGGGAGCUCAUGGAUAUAGAGGACCUGCAGGUGCUGAGGAAGGCGCAGGUGGUGGGCAUGACCACGUCUGGGGUGGCCAAGAUGCAGCGCCUCAUCACGGCGCUCGGCCCGCGAGUCAUCGUCGUGGAGGAGGCUGCUGAGGUGCUGGAAGCCCACAUUCUCACAUCGCUUACCCCGCAGACUCAACACGUCAUCCUCAUUGGCGACCACCUGCAGCUGCGGCCCAAGGUGGAGGUGUACGAGCUGAGCAAGGACUCCCAAAAGGGCUUUGACCUGGACGUUUCACUCUUCGAACGCCUCGCCCUCUCCAAGCAAAUCCCCAUUUACACCCUCGCCACGCAGCGCCGCAUGCGUCCGGAAAUCGCCAACCUUAUCCGCAGCACCAUCUACCCCCAGCUCACAGACCACCCAUCUGUUCAGAGCUACCCCGACGUUCGAGGCAUGGCAACAAAUCUGCACUUUUGGGACCAUGACAGCCCGGAGAAGGGCGGUGAUUACCUAAAUGAGUCAAAGUCCAAGACAAACGAGGGAGAGAUGGACUUGGUGGUGGGUCUGGCGACGUACCUGCUGCAGCAGGGGUACGCGGGAGGGGAGAUCACCAUUCUCACCCCGUAUGUUGGCCAGCUGCUGAAGCUACGCCAGGCGCUCUCCCGUGUGGUCAAUGUGAAGCUGGGGGAGAGUGAUGCUGAGGUGGUGGAGGAGGCGGAGGAGAAGGCUGCAGCUAGGGGCGGUGGAUCCAGAGAACGUGAUGGCAGGAGCAAGGGUGAUUCGUCACAUGGCUCAUGGUCGCAGAGCAAGGGGCCGGGACCGGGAGAGAGCCAUCUCGUGCCGUCCACAGCGGAUUUGAAGGAUGAAGUGCGGUUGGCUACGGUUGACAAUUUCCAGGGCGAGGAGAGCACAGUGAUCAUCAUCUCCCUCGUACGGAACAACGGUGACGGCAAGAUCGGGUUCCUCAAGAGCCCCAACCGCACCAACGUGCUGCUCUCCCGUGCCAAGCAUGGCAUGUACAUUGUUGGAAAUGCCAGCACGAUGAAAGCUGACCCCAAGUCUGUGCUUUGGCCGAAGGUUCUGAACAUCCUCAAGAGCAAUGACCGCAUUCAGAAGUUCAUUCCGCUGCAGUGUGUAAACCACCCUGACACCAUCACGCACAUUGAGAAUGCGAGCGACUUCAAGGAGAAGGCGAGUGAGGGCGGAUGUUCUCAGAUGUGCGGCUUCAGACUCAUGCCUUGUGGACACACCUGUCCUCGCAGGGUCCUUGCUCUCUCCCCUGUGGUGCCCCCUGUGAUCGCCUCCCUUGCGACAAACGCUUCUGUGACGGGUUUUAUGCGUGAAGCAGAGCGCCUGCGUGCUGCUUCCAUGAAUCCGCCCACAUGGAAGACUUAUCAGGCGUCCAUUGCAGCUCUGCAGAGGAAGCAUGCGCUGCUGGGGGGUCCGACAUGGAGUGGUGGGAGAGGCGGGGCGAGUGGUGCUGGUGCUUUUAGUCCUGCAGUGUCGUUGGAGGAGGAAUGCCAGCGGGAAAAGGACGAGGUGUACAGGGCAAUGGGCUUUGGGGCAGGCCAUUGGUACCGGUGCCGCAAUGGGCAUGUGUAUGCCAUAGGGGAAUGUGGUGGUGCAAUGCAGGAGUCUCGCUGUCCUGAGUGUGGAGAGGUCGUGGGUGGGAGUGGUCAUCAGCUUCGAGAAGGGAACAUUUCCGCAGCUGAUUUCUUCAGCGCAUUUGGUCGCGGAGAUACGAUGUUUGGUUCAGGGAAGCUGCCGGAUGUGCACUUGCUCAUCUCGUCAUGGCUGGAGAAAGGGGAGGGGAAGGACCGCACAGUCCGAGAUGAAGCUUACGAGGCGUUAGCUGGAGCGUACGCCUUCGUCGGCAUGGUGGCUCUGAUCCAGCUCAUUCGCAUUCAGCGCAGAGUGCCGGAGUACGGCUGGACCACGCAGAAGGUCUUCCACCUCCUCAACUUUGUCGUCAAUGCUUUGCGAGCCGUGGUGUUUCUCUUCCGCGAGGAGGUGGAAGUCCUUAGCGCGGGUCCCAACCAUGUAUUCGCGCACGUGCUUCUGGACCUCCCCGGUCUUCUCUUCUUCACCACCUAUACCCUCCUCGUGCUCUUCUGGGCUGAGAUCUACCAUCAGGCGCGCGGCCUGCCUACGGACAACCUGCGGCCAUACUUCAUGGCGGCCAACGUCGGCGUCUACGUGCUGCAGGCGGCCAUCUGGGGCGUUAUGUGGUUCGAUCACAAGGACAUGCUCACAAUCGACCUCAUCGCCAAGCUCUUCUUUACGGCUGUCUCGCUAGCAGCCGCGGCAGGCUUUCUGCUCUAUGGCGGAAGGCUCUUCCUCAUGCUGCGGCAGUUCCCCAUUGAGUCGCGGGGUCGCAGAAAGAAGCUUCACGAGGUUGGCUUCGUGACUCUCAUCUGCUUCUCCUGCUUCAUCGUCCGAGCUGCCGUGAUCGCCUAUUCAGCCAUUGUGAGCACGGCAUGGUUGGACGUGGUGGCAGACCCCUGGGUCAACGUCGCCUACUAUGCUUGCGUGGAGCUCAUCCCAGCAGCCCUGGUGCUUUACAUUCUCCGCAAGCUGCCUCCGAAGCGCAAUGCCAACACUCAGGCCCUGCGCUAA